AUGGAGUUCUACCUGGAGAUCGAUCCCGUCACCUUGAACCUCAUCAUCCUGGUAGCAAGUUACGUCAUCCUGCUCUUGGUGUUCCUCAUCUCCUGCGUGCUGUAUGACUGCCGAGGCAAGGACCCCAGUAAGGAGUAUGCUCCCGAGGCCGCCUCGGAUGCCCAGCCCUCCAUCCGCUUGGUGGUGAUGCAGCAAAGUGCUCCUGCUGCCUCCUGGGCAAGGGGGCCCAGCCUUCACGUUGGAGAAUCUGCUUCGCUGGGGAAGAAAAGCACUGUGGUGUGA